AGUCUCCAGAUCUCAGAGCAGGUUCCACGGCGGUGGUUCUCUGCUCCUGUAUCCGCUCACAGGUGACUCCCGUGGGUGCUGCUCUGCGGGACCCGUGGAAACUACACUGACGUUUUUUUUUUUUACUCCCUCAGCUUUGGCAUUAAAUUCUGGUCACGUUCAGCGGAGAAGGCAGGAGUUAGAUCACUUUAGGUCCCUUACUAGAAGAACCCCGGUCUUCUUAUUUUGUCUUUACACCUCCCACUUUGCUUCCUAUAUUGUAUUUGUAGUGUGUUUUACCGCGUUAAUCUGCACAGACUUGAGGACAGCAUGACAGGAGGACUAAAGGACGGCGAAUCAGAGGAGGAGUUUCUGCAUUCGCCCUUCAUCCGAAAACAAGGGAACAUAUACAAACCCAACAAUAAAGACAUGGACAACGACAGCCUGAACGAGAAGACGAUGGAGGAUGUCCACACCAAAGAGAUCGACCUGGUCAACCGGGACCCCAAGCACGUAAACGACGACGUGGUUAAGGUGGACUUUGAGGAUGUCAUCGCUGAACCUGCAGGGACCUACAGCUUUGAUGGCGUGUGGAAAGCUAGCUUCACCACGUUCACUGUCACCAAGUACUGGUGCUACCGGCUGCUGACGGCACUAGUUGGCAUCCCGCUGGCACUCAUCUGGGGAAUCUUCUUUGCCAUUUUGUCCUUCCUGCAUAUCUGGGCCGUGGUGCCGUGUGUCAAGAGCUACCUGAUCGAGAUCCACUGUGUCAGCCGGGUCUACUCCAUCUGUGUGCACACCUUCUGUGACCCGCUGUUCGAGGCUAUGGGCAAGUGCCUCGGCGGUAUGCGGAUCCGCAUGUCCAAGGAGGUGUAGCAGCCUGGAAGAGGAGGAGGAUUCAUGGAAAGAGGGGAGGGAGAAUGGGGGGGUGAUGGAGCAACACAGAUGGAGGGAAAAGUCAAAGAGCAAGAGGAAAAACACCUCUGGGAAGCAAGAGGUGAGACAUGUCCAAAGAACGGGGAUGUUUGGAAGUGAAGGGGCGUGGUCACACAUCACCUGGCCCCGCCUCUUUAUACCAGCUGUUUUUAUUUCUCUCCAGUGUUGAUGGUCCCAAACGGGUGGGCACAGGAAAUUAAAGGGUUGUUAUCUGAGGUUUUUGUUCUUUUGUUUGUGUUCUCUCAUUUUUUUCUUCCUCUUCAUACUAGACGUGUUUCCAUAUAACUGUCAAGCUAAUUUGAAGCAAACAUUUUGUGUCACAAAAAAAGGAAAAAAGAAAUCAAACUGCUAGUUAGGAGAGACUAAACUGGGCAGAGCAUAGAUUGAAAACCACAAACAAAACCAGAAUUUGCCAAAGAUAAAAAAUAAAAAAACAAAAUAAUAAUAAUAAUAUUCAUGGUAACCAUCUAUGGGAGAAAUAUUGAGAUCAAAAAAUGUAGCAAUGCAGGGCCCUGUGACAGAUAAUGCACACCUGCUGAAAAUGUCAGACUGGUUUUUGCACUGGGAAAUCCAACAAACAGCUUUUCUUUCUUCCUAAUUAGUCAUGAGUUUAAUGUUUGCUGUCAGAACUGAAUCAAAAAACAUGUUUCCAUCUCUUGAUCUUGCAAACCACGUGUUUGCCAACUAUCAAAAAACACUGAAGAAGAAGAAUUACUUUGUAGCUAAAUCUGGGGCUGCACAUCUUUUCUCCCCAAGAUAGUUUUUUUUUGUACAUGGUCGCUGUUGAAUAAAACAGACUACAUUAAAAUACACUAGCCAUGUUUUUAGUGAAUAUCCACAAAGACUACAGAUGUCUGUUGUUCUUUUUCAUCCUUUCUAAAGCUAGAAGCAGCUGAUUUGAUGUUCACUACAUCAUCAGAGAGGUUUUUACAUUCCAUUAAUUGCAUCAAAAAUCUCCCAAAGCUUUAUAAAAUUUGGGUUGAAUUUGUUGUUUCUAUCCACACUUUCUUCAAAAUGCUCAUGAAAUAUGGAAACAUAGCUACUUUAAAGCUUCCAAUAUCUAAAUUUGGUUUUAUUUUUCCUUUUUUUGCUACAUGAUGUAAAUUCCUUCCAUUGUUACUAUUUUUCUGUGGAAAUCUUUCUGUGAAGUGUAGGUGUCAGGGCUUUUAUCCGUUUGCUUUGGGAGGGAGGGGGGCAGAACACCAGGACAUCGGGACAUCGGGGAGGUCACAACAAAAACAGAGAAUGACAGAACACCGCCGAAUUCUGCCUGACUCAGCAGGAAACCAGACCAGCAUGACCCGAGCACCUCCCGCACCCAACAAUUGACCAACCCUCCCCCGCCUCUUCCCAGCUUUAACAGUCAGUCUGACACACUGAUCCUGACCUUGCAUGGCACCUGUGUCGCCUCGCCAGCAACUCGCCGUCCGCCACCGCCAUUGCACCGCCACAGUGAUGCAAAUGUCUGCAUCUUGGCUCAGUCACUCUGUGCACUUGCUGCUUUACUCUGCUUUCACAUCAAAGAUCAUCAUCCUCACCAUUGCAUCAACAGAGGUUUCUUAUUUGAUGCUGUCAUGGGUGUUUCAGACUAAAUUAGACCUUUGACUUUCUUGUGACUCUAAAGGCACAUUAUCAUAGUUCGAUAGUGAAUGCUUUUUUUUAUCUACACUUAUGAAUAUGAAGAAGUUUGGGGUUACUUUCAGUGCCAUUAUUUUUAUGUGCAGUAUGGGUGUUUAUGCAGAAAAUAAGUCAGAAUAGAACUUUAACUAAUGCAGCCAGUCACUGGAAUAAAAUGAUACCUUUGUACAUUUCUGCAAAUCACAGAUAUAUAUAAUCUCACUAUAAUUUGUCAUAGCAGGAUCUGUAAUGCAUAGAGACAGAAGUUUAUGUUUAGGUUAAACGCUUUUCUGUGGGAUAGAAAAAGUUUGUGGUUUAGUUCAAAAAUGACCAAAUAUACUGGCAGUUUCAUUCAUUCAUUCAAACAUUUAAAUUACUGCAUUUUCUGUCAUCUGCAAUGAUGUCAAGAUAAAUAAUACCUGGCUAGAGGAUGGAUGGAUGGAUGGAUGGAUGGAUGGAUGGAUGGAUGGAUGGAUGGAUGGAUGGAUGGAUGGAUGGAAAAAUAAAUUCAGAACGGACAAUACUUUGUGGAUACAACUGCAUUUGAUAUCAAAGUCCAUGUAUUUAGUUUGUUAAUAAUAAACCGUGUUAUCUUUUCGUAUCUCCAAAGUACUGCCAUUGCCUAGAUCUCAUGACAAGAAAUGUAAUAAUAUGUCAUUUAUGAGAGGUAUUAUUUCUAUCACAACAGUAAAAGCACCUUGAGAAGUCAAAACACUAUCAUACUGGUAUACAUGCAUUUGACAAUGUUGAUGUGAAACAUAUUUUUGAUGGAAAUUAUAUGUAUCCAUGUUUUGUGGAAGUGCGCAAUGGCACCAUUUCAUUCUUGCAUCUGUGUUGGCUGACUAUGGCCUGAUUCCAGUGCAUUAAUAUUUUAGUGUAUUAACAAAAGCCUCAUUUAACAUCUGUAAAGGUGAUGCAGUUCAACCAGACACUUCUGCUCCCGAAAAGCUACUUUCCCGGAUUAAUGCAUUGGAAUAAACACAAUGUGAGGUGGAAUGUGUGAUUUUUGGAUGCCUUUUGUUUUUUUAAUUAUCUGGACAUGCUGUUGCACCCUCCCGCUGUUAAUGUCUUCAUUUCAUUUUUAUUUGAACCCCCUGACUAGUUUAUGCUGCUUUAACUGUGGACAUGAUGCUCAGAAGCAUCAAACUAGCACCUCCCACUUCAGAGAUAGGUGAGGGAGGCCUGAGUGGGGUCGCCGGGAUGUGAGGGGAUGGGGGAUUAUUGUUUUACCGAGACACUCAAAGCUCACUUGACUCCGUCACCAUCAGUCAACUUGCUGUCUUCUCAUAGGGAUGGUAAUAUAAUAGCACCUGUUUUUUGUAAUUGAGUUUUCAAACUCUAAAGGUGAUAUUUUUAUAAGAAAUGAUUUUCCUGCCUUGCUCUUACUGUACAAUAUCACGCUGUGCACAUUAAAAUUUAAUAUAAUCCAG